AUGGCCAUAUUUCCGUUCAUUGAAAAAUUAAUACAAGUAAAAAACGAACAACACAACAUAUAUCAGGAACUCAACCAAGCGCGCGAGUUAUUGUCCAAUUGUUCAGCAAUUGAUAAACCAGUAGAAUGGUCGGCUCUUCUCAAUAAUGUCAUAAAACUGGCAGUGAAAUUAGCAGAUAUUGAAAAAGAAUUGAAACAAUUGGGACAUGAACAUGCAAUUAAUAAUCAUGGAACGUUACCAUACUGA